AUGUUUGGCCUUGGAAAAUUAUUCUAUGUCAUAGUUCUUUGUAUAAAUGGGCUAGCUGUGUUGAGCGAGGACAGAUUCCUCAACAGAAUUGGGUGGGGUAGUUCCGCUGCACAACCCCAAGGGCAAUUUCUGUCCCAGUUUGUACCUGUGCCAGCGAACGACAUUUCCAUCAAGUCAAGAUUGGUCACACUCAUUAGUGCUAUUCGGACUCUUUUGAGGUUUCCCUUGAUCUUCAUCAAUGUUGUCAUUAUAAUCUAUGAGCUGAUAUUAGGUUAG